AUGACUCCAGACAUACGCCAAGGUAUAUUCAGAAAUCACGAUUAUAGCAUCAUGAUAGCUGUAUAUGUAGAUGACUGUGUCAUAGCUGCUAAAAGUCAGGAACUUCUAGACGAGUUUGUUUCCACCUUAAGAAACAGAUUUGAGCUUAAAAUUAUUGGAAAAAUGAAUCAAGGCAUUCUACGUACAGAUGUACUAGGAAUGGACCUUGAUUAUAAUAUUGAUGAAGGUAAAAUCAGCCUAUCAUUGCAAUCUUACAUUGAAAGUAUUGAAAAUGAUUGGCUUGAUAAAAUUAGUCAUAUUAAAACUACUUCUAUUCCACAUGUUUCAUCCUAUGAACACAACAUCAAAAACAUUGAUUCUAUGGACACUAAAACAAGAUCUAAAAAGAUCAAUGAACUGCAGAAGAUAAAUGGCGUGAUUAACUAUAUUAGAUCUAGAUGUAGAUAUGAUAUAGAGUUCGCUGCCAAUAAACUGGCCAGGAGUGUGAACUUUCCAGCAGACAACGUUUUUUACAUGGCUGAUAAACUUAUGAACUAUAUUUUCCAAACUAAGUCAGAAAAAAUUGUGUUCACAAGAGAAACCACUGAUAACCCGGCCAUAACUCUGCUAUCUGAUGCCUCACUGGGUACGGAACAUGACAUGAAGUCCAGAAUGGGCAUAAUGUUAUGGUAUGGAGAGAACCUCUACAAAGUCAUUUCAAGAGCCUCCUCAGCUGUCAGAAACUCAUCUACUGAAGCUGAACUGGACGCUAUCUAUGAAGGAUCUAAAGAGGCAUAUUAUCUAAAAAAGAUUUUAGAAGAAAUGAACCUACAAAAGGAUCCAACUGUCAUUUCCAUUACAGACAGCAAACCUAGUAUUCAAUAUCUAAAGAACAAUUAUAACUCCAACAGAAGAGAUAGAUUCCUGGAUUUGAAACUAGCUAAACUCGAAGAACGGAUACGAGCAGAUGACUUACUAAUAUAUAAAAUUGCUGGCACUGAUAACAUUGCUGAUGUUUUAACCAAACCGGUUAGUUGUGAAGACUUUAAGAAACUAAGAUCUUCGAUGCAAAACAAACUGACUCCCAAAGAUAUUCUUACGAUAACUGACCCAGGAGAAUUUCAUAGUCCAUCAAGUUCUAUAUCGACAAUCAGUUAA